AGGCAAGGAAGAAGAGGAAGACAGCUCGCUCCGCCUGUCAGACGAAGCCAGCAAUCAUGGACGAGGAGCUCUCGGAACUUGAAAGCGGUUCGGUGAUGAGAGACCAUGUCCUGGAUAUGAUGAACGUUUGCUAUCUCGACCUGCUGGACCAGUCAUCGCUGAAGGGCGAACAGCAGCAGGUGGCCAUGGACACGGGCGCUGAUUGGUUGCCUGACACCACCACGCUGCUGCCCACGGCAUCGGAAUGGAGCCUACCUCUGCGGCGAAGCCUCUGCCUCAAUGAGACUCAUGGCGACAAUCAGCGAGUGACCGAUAAACAAGGCGACAGCGCAGUCACGCCGAGGAAGUCCGGCGAGUUGAAGGCCACCGACGGAUGGCGAUCCUUCUUGAGCAAGGCGCCACGGCCUUUGGUCCUCGUCUCCAUCCUGCUGGCUGUAGCCAUCGCGAUCGCGUUCGCGUACGCGAUCGUUACGGCCGCCCGCCUGGCUCCCCAUCGUGCGAAGCGGGGCCUGGCGCGGUCAUUCAACGACACGGAUGCCGCUUUGGGCUAAAUAAUGCACACCAAUGCGCAUAAUUUUUUUUGUUCGAAUUAUACAUUGCAGUACUGAAUGUGAACUUACACGCAUCAAUUUCGUGUUCUUAUUAAGGAUCGCAAUGACUCGCAGACGGUGUAGCCAAUUAUGAUUACUUCUAAUAGCAUUCAGAGCCAAGGGUAUACCAAGUGUCGGAUUACAGAACUUAGAGUACAUGGUAAAUGUCAACGUCCAAAGGGGCACAGCGGCUGCGAGAGAGCGCGUAUGGUUGACGUCUUCGCCGACAGACCAAGGUCUACGAGAUUUACUCCGUGGAAAUCUUACUGCCUGGCGGUGCCUCUUUACAUUCGCCGAAAACAUUGCAGGCAUGUGGUUUCGUAUUCUGCAAGGAUGUCAGGAAUUCAACUCCUGGCAUCGAGCUCAACAGAAGAACGCCACACUCGCGGAACCACCGCAGUGGGUACUGUCCAACUCGCUUGUAAAAAAACACUGGUCAUAAAAUAUAUUGGACAUAUAACGAUUCCACGUGCCGGCACCGUCUUUAGAAACUGUUUUAUAGUAAAACAACCCGCUUAAUAGAAUCUCUACGGGUCACUUCAUCGGUUACAGCAGCGGAUAUUUGGCGGAUGUGAGUCAGUUUCAAGAGUGAAGAAGUGGUGCGACACGCCGGUGAAAGCGCGAGCCUCACAGAAUGCCUCAUGAGGUGUGCUUCACUUUGCGUCCGGCUCCCUUCUGCCCCACUUAAAGGUGUCAUAUGCAAGGAUUACAUCCGAGCGAGUUUCUUACAUCCACCCGAAUUGCCUCCGCGUUAAGCAAGGAAACUUAAAAGAUUGGGCUUUUCUGAGAAACAGUGAA